AGUUGGCAGCACUACCAAUACCAAAACGUGCGCUGGCAGCAAAAUAAAUAAGACGCAAACCGUGAGACGCUUGGAUGGAAAAUAUCUACAAACAUUUGCAACGCCCACAAUCAAGUUAUUCUUCACAUUAAAUCGGAAAAGUAAUUAAAAACAACUGCCGACAUGAGUAUGAGCGAUGACGACAGGGAUAUCGAUAUAGAGAGUGACGAUGACGCGGACUCUGAUAAUGGUCUUGGCUCCUCUCGGCACACAAGCACAGCAAACUUUACGCAGGCCGAAAAACGAGCGCAUCACAAUGCUUUAGAGCGACGUCGACGAGAUCACAUCAAGGAGAGUUUCACCAAUCUGCGCGAAGCGGUGCCCACGUUAAAGGGUGAAAAGGCCAGUCGCGCUCAGAUCCUUAAGAAGACCACCGAAUGCAUACAAACGUUACGCCGUAAGAUAAGUGAGAAUCAAAAGGAUAUCGAGGACAUUAAGAAACAGAACAGUAUCUUAGAUGAACAGAUACGUCGGUUAGAAGGCAACACAUCGAAUGGAUCGGAUUUCCUAAGUGGUGACGAACUAAGCAGCGACGUUGAGGAUGCUCUGGAACAGUCGGACUUCAGCAGGCGCAGUAAAAAGAUGAAAACAUUUCAUACAUAGCCCCCGAUUGGCAUCUAUAUAAGACUUACGCAGGUGUCGUAAAGGAAUCAAUCAAAACAAAGAGAAACGAAACGUCAAUGCCAUUGUGGCAUUAUCAUAAUCAUUACAACCUAAGUCCAAAGCAUAGCCCAAUCCCCACCAAACUUUAUCCUCUCGUCUACCUUAAUGUGUGUGUGUGUUAUUUUGUACUCUCACUAUACUAAAACCAAUUUGUAAGUAUCUCUAAAUACAUUAGUUAUGUAUCUAAAAAA